AUGAAUUCCCCUACGUACGGCCUCUUUUGCAAGCAAGCUGGGCAAGCCCACGAUUUAAGAUUUAAGUCGCCCUACUCCAAGUUCUACGCAUUCCGUAAGAGUGACCGAUGUUUCAGUUGUUUCAAACGCGGACAUCCUUCAUUUGAUUGCCCCGAAGGACCUUGCGAGUACGUAAUCCUAUGCCCAGAUAUCUCCGCCACGUCCAGAAAGACGCUCAACAAAAAAUUCGUAAAAAUGCUCAACAACGGCCAAAUCAAGAAUCUUGAGGACAACUACGACUCACUAGACAUGGCUCCCGGGCCGGGCCGGCCCGGGCCGAAAUUUCGGCUCGGCCCGAAAUAG